CAGAAGGGUCAUGCUUUUCGACGGACGUUCCGUUUGCGACUCUCGCCGCUGUAACGGCCUACGGCUCCUAGCCACAAACAGUAAUGCCGCUUCUACACCGAACUCCGCCUCCCGAACCUGCUAGGAUCUCAUCUCAUCAUCGCAUGCACAUUGGUACUCGGGCACACCUAUCAGCUUCUUGGCAGCGAUUUGCUAUAUAUCAGGCUCAGGAUCGUCCCGCGCUGACCACUUUCAUACACCCGCCCUCCCUCCGUCAUGACUGCAGUCGAGUAUACGCCGAUUGAGGACAUUGACGAGAUCCACGCCCAGCUGCAGGCGGGGUUCAAGUCCGGCAAGACCCGGUCUCUGGCGUACCGGAAGUACCUCCUCCUCCAACUCGGCUACCUCGUUCAGGAGAACCGCGCCCGCUUUGUCGACUCUAUUCACGCUGACCUGGGAAGGCCGAGAUUCGAGACCGAAUUCCUCGAGGUCAAUGGGUUCCUCCAGGACGUGAACGCCGCUAUCAAGAACUUCGAGGAAUGGGCGAAGCCCGUGGUGCCGCCCUUCGAUAUCAAGACGUUCGCCAUGAAGCCGAAGGCGCAUAAAAUCGCCAAGGGCGUCGUACUCGCUAUCACCCCUUUCAACUACCCGCUGUGGCUGGUGACUGCGCCGCUUAUCAGUGCCCUGGCGGCGGGGAACACGGUCUGCCUGAAGGUGGCUGAAAACGCGGCUGCCACGGCAGCCUUGUGGGCGGAGCUCGUGCCUAAGUACUUUGACCCGGACGUGCUUCGUGUGAUAAAUGGCGGGAUCCCGGAGACUACCAGGGUGCUUGAACUGCAAUGGGACCAUAUAUCAUAUACUGGCGGAGGCGCUGUCGGCCGUAUUGUCGCGACUGCUGCCGCAAAGCACCUGACGCCCGUCACGCUGGAGCUCGGCGGCAAGUCCCCUGUCAUCGUGCAUCCCAGCUGCGAUCUCGACUUGACGGCGAAGCGCGUGCUACUCGGCCGGUAUACGAACGCGGGACAGACCUGCGUCGCGCCUGACUAUAUUCUUGUCGUAAGGUCCAUCCAGGACAAAUUCCUUGAGGCCGUAGAAAAAGUGUACAAGUCCUUCACCGAUGGCGACGCUACGACGAAACCGGGAUCAUAUUCGAACAUGAUCACCGACCGGGCCUACAACCGCGUGAAGAAGCUGCUCGAAAGCACGCGCGGGAAGGUGGUCAUCGGCGGCGAGACGGACGAUGCGCAGAAGCAUAUCGCAUUGACGGUCGUUAACAACGUGCCGAAGGACGACUCGCUGAUGUCUGAAGAGAUCUUCGGCCCCAUCCUUCCCAUCAUACCAGUGGAGGACGUCGACGAGGCGAUCGACAUCAUCAACGAGGGGGACCGGCCAUUGGCCAUCUACGUCUUCGCCAACGACGAGAGGGUGAAGGAGAAAGUACGAACCGAGACGAUCAGCGGAAGCAUGGCCUUCAACGAGGUCGUGCUGCAGGUUGCUGACGGCUAUCACACCGGGAAGUUCGGCUUCGACACGUUCUCCCACAUGCGCUCCGAGAUCGACAACCCAAGUUUGACGAGAAGCUAA